CAGUACAGACUUUUCUGUCCUGCUCUUCGUUUGGUUCUUCCCCAGGAAAGAUGAUGUCCUGCCGGUUCCUCGUGGUGCUGCUCUUCUGUGGUCUGGUCCACGCUCAGGGUCAACACGGUAAACAGGGACAGCAAGGUCAACAGGGUCCUCCGGAUCAUCGGGGUCAUCAGGGUCCUCCGGAUCAUCGGGGUCAUUCGCUGGAAAGCAGAGUGGAUUUCCUGGAGAAGAAGAGAGGGGAAAGAGUGAAACAAAGAAUCGCUUUCUCGGCUGGACUCGUCAACGCUCAGGAAUGGACCACGUUGGGGCCGUUUACUCAGGACAAAACUCUGGAGUUCAAGAAGGUCGUAACAAACGUCGGAAAAGCAUACAGCAAUGAGACAGGGAUCUUCACAGCUCCUGUGAAGGGAGUGUACUACUUCCAGCUUACCGGGGUUGUCGGCAGUACAGGAGAGCUGCACGCUGGAGUGAAGAAGAACGGCGAGAACAAGUUUGCAAUCUAUCAGAAGGCAGGAACCCAGGCCAGCGCCUCCAACAGCAUGCUUCUAGAACUGGAGGAGGGCGACCGGGUCUUCGCCCAGCUGUGGUCAGGCAAGACCAUCGCAGACCAGGGUCGUCUCAGCACCUUCAGCGGCUUCCUUGUCUUCCCCAUGUAGACGGUGGAGGAGAGAUCUCCACAUCUGCAUCCUGAAUCUAGAAACACGCCUUGGUGAACGACUGGAAACGUUUAUUUAUGAAUAAAAGAUGAAGUAAAAAGCUUGUUUGUUCUGAAAUGAGCAGGAAACUGGAGGUCUGUCAAAAAAUAAAAUCUGGUUCAUUUGAA